AUGGGAUCCGCUGCCGGAUGGGUGGUUGCGGCCGACCAGAUGGCCGAGUUGCAUCUGCUAAAUCCCAUCACCGGAGCGCAUGCCCGCCUCCCAUCCAUCACUACCCUCCCGGCCAUCGCUGCAGUACUACAGACCGAUGGACGAGUCACCGGCUAUCUCUUUCGUGUCUCACCGAAUCUGGUACACGAGACCAGCUGCGAGUCCACGCGAUACAUGCUCUACGACAAGGUAACCGUGUGCUCCUCCUCUUCAGACUCAUGGACGACGAUGAUCGUGUUCUACCAUGGCCGGUUGGCCUUCGCAAGUGCAGGGGACGAGCGGUGGUCUUUGCUGCCGACAGAAAACGAGAGUUGGGCGUGCCAGGUGACGUACCACAGGGGGAAAUUCUACUCGCUGCACAACGAUGGGUCGGUCAGCGCUUGGAAUCUCACAGACGGCGCAUCGCCUCGAGUCAGCUUCAACGUCCAACCCCCGCGGCUGAUCGACGUAUCCAUACUGGACGACUUCCUGGUGGGAUCAGGAGACGACCUGCUACGGGUAUCGCGGUGGAGGGAUCGGCUUGAGGCAGACGAACACAGAACGCUAAGGUUCCGAGUGUUCAGGCUGGCUGAGAGCGGAUGGGUGGCCCUGCAAAGCUUGGGUGAGCGAGCACUGUUUGUGGGGUCGAACCGCGGUAUCUCUCUCUCUACGGUGGCGUUCCCGGAGUUCAAACCAGACUGUAUCUACUACGCCAAGUCCGGUGUCGUGGGUAUAUGCCACCUAAAACAUGGACUCAUCCUGCCUCAUGGUGCGAGCAUACCGAAUCUUGAAGAUGGUUUUAUCGUGCCCGAUUACAUGUAUAGCUGGCCGCCUCCUAUCUGGUUCACGCCACGCGCUUGCUGA